GCGAGUUUUGGGUCAGUGAGGCUAGGGUCAGUUGGUGGAGCUAGCGUCUUGUUAGUGUCCAAGUAGUUGUUUCCAGGAUGGUGAAAGCUAGUGAUCCGUCCUCAUAUUCUGAUCCAAGCAAUCAUAUUACCGACAAAUUGAACAUUGAUUGGAGGAUAAAUUUCGCUGCACAUACGAUUAAUGGCUCAGUGAAUCUUCAUUUAAGAAAAGUGUGCCAAAGUGAUCUGAACCCAAGCAUUCUUCUUGAUACUAGAAACUUGAAGAUUCAUGCUGUGCACAUAAAUUCGGAACCAGUGAAGUGGCAUUUGAAGCCGACUUCUGUACAGGUUUUGGGGUCCUGCCUAGAAAUUAUACCGAAUACGCCUUCAAACAGGUAAAAUUUAAAAAGAAUUUUUACUUCAUAGUAGUUGGUUAUUCACCCCACAAUUGAAAAAUCAUUCCGGUUUUUUAACUGUUGAAUUAAUUUGAGAGCAACUGGAUAUUAUUGUCACUAAUUCUAUUUUAGCAUGUCUUUGACAACUCCGUAACAAUUUACUGUAUGAGAUACCUCACAAUGACUACUACCAAACACAUAGUCUUGCCAAUGACCUGACUAAUCGUAACAGAAAAUUAGUAUUUACUGAAUAAUUUGAUCGACAAAUGUUCUGUAUUUUACGACAUUUUGAAAUCGCUGGCUUGUAAUGAGCAUGAAGCUGUGGUUCAGUAAUUAUCGUGAUCCUAGCCAUCAAGUCGCAUGAUCAGACACACUUCGCCUGUUUCGGUCUAGUCUACUGGAUGGUUUGUAUAAUUCUGAUACAAGUCUAGUAAGCAAGUCUGUACCUGCUUAUAAUUUUGAUAUUUGUAUUUCCUAGUGAAUAUCCUUCACCAAAUGCCCAAACCGUGAAACCUAAACUCGGUUAGGCUGUCUGUAAAUCUGUGCAUAGGCAUUGAGUAACAUUGGCGUUGUACACCACGAUCGCACCACUAGACGAACUGCUUUAAUUUUCAAUAUUGGCCAAUCUCACUAUUCAUUUUGCGAAUAUGUUUUCUAACUAGAAGUGGUGUACUGCUUCUCUGUAACUGAAUGCAUGGCACCUAUCCUACUUUGAACGAGUUUUUAUUACAAUGAUUAAUAGUAAUAAUGGCCUAGUAAUAUCUUACAUAAUAUUUGUGAAUUAUUGUUACUAAGGACAUAAUUCAUCCGUUGGAUUUUUCGUAACAAUUCUUCCACCGGAGAAAUGUAAUUUGACCCCUAGUUGGAUAAAACACUAACAAUAGAAUUUGUUGUCUUGUGGAAUGAAGAGACUAGAUCCAGUACUUCGUUUAAGCUUAGUGCUGUUUCUCUCCCGAAACUGUAUCGUACUUAGUGGGCAGAAAUGAGCUCACUAGUUCAACUCGUAUAUUUUAACUAAGAAACAAAGUUAAAACGAGAAUUGUAGGAUUGAAUGCAGGUAACUGAUAUUCUUUUUGUUUAAAUCCCUUUUCCAGUUAUUUUAUGUGAAAUUUAUUGUUGUAUUUCAGUACGAAAUUCUAGGUUAGCUCUCAGAAACAAUAAUAACUUUGUAUAUUGUUCUGUCCGCUAUAUUUUUAUUAUUUUUAAAUGUUUGCUCGGGUACUAGGUUUUCCCACUUUUUUUCUUGUAGUUUUGAUGUUAAGAUUGACUACGAAACUGCUCCGAGCUCCUCUGCUCUUCAGUGGUUAGAGCCACAACUCACUGCUGACCGUCGUCAACCAUUUAUGUUCAGCCAAUGUCAGGCUAUUCACGCACGUAGUCUUCUACCUUGCCAGGAUACUCCAAGUGUGAAGUGUCGUUUUGAAGCUAAGAUAACUGCUCCAAAAGAAACUGUUGUCGUAAUGGGUGCCAAGCGUAUUGCUGACGCAUAUGUGGCUGACGAUAAACACUUAACUUACCAUUUUCAACAAAACGUUCCAAUUCCUAGUUAUUUGAUUGCGAUUGCUUGUGGAGAUCUAGCCAGCAAAAAAAUUGGCCCACGUUCAUCUGUUUGGGCUGAACCUAGUGUAGUCGAUAAAGCAGCUUAUGAAUUUAGUGAGACGGAAAAGAUGAUUUCAGCCGCUGAAAAUAUUUGUGGGCCUUAUCAGUGGGAUGUGUAUGACAUCUUAGUGCUUCCACCAACGUUUCCUUACGGUGGAAUGGAAAAUCCAUGUCUUACGUUUGUUUCACCAACAUUAUUGGCUGGUGAUCAAUCGUUAGCUAAUGUCAUAGCUCAUGAAAUUUCUCAUUCAUGGACUGGUAAUUUGGUAACAAAUUCAACUUGGGAGCAUUUUUGGUUGAAUGAAGGACACACAAUGUAUUUGGAACGCUUGAUUAUCGAAUGUCUGUAUGGUUCACAAAUGAGACAUCUUCAUUCAAGUCUAGGUUAUAGCGAACUUAAGGAAGAGGUCAAUAGACUGGGUGAAUCGCACCCAUUUACAAAGCUUAUUCCAAAUCUAGAAGGCAUUGAUCCAGAUGAAUCGUAUAAUCGGAUCCCCUAUGAAAAGGGAUGUCUGUUUCUUUUCUACCUAGAGACUUUACUUGGGAAAGAAACUAUGCUCAAUUGGAUAAAGUCGUAUGUGAAACAAUUCUCUGGAUCGUCACUCGAUUCAAAUAACUGGUUGGAAUUUUUGUCUUCCCAAGUAGGCUCUAACAUACUUGACCCAAAAAAUCAGUUGGAUGUAUGGAUGCAUAGCCCAGGUUUACCUCCGUGGGUACCCAAAUUCGAUGCUGGUCAACUAUUUACAGAAUGCGAUACUCUACUGAAGUUGCUUACUUCAUGUAAUCUUCAUUCAGAUAAUGCACAAAUGCAAAGUGUAGUCGAUUUGUGGAAUAAUAUGUCACAUGUACAACGGGAACUAACUCUUCGGCGUGUAGUCGAUUCUGAACCUGUGGAGAUUAACAAUUUAUCCAAAAUCGAUGAAGUUUUGAAGCUCUCUCAACAAAGAAACGCAGAAUUACGAGUGCAAUGGUCUCUAAUCUGCAUACGUUCCCGUCACCUACCUGCUUUGGACCAUAUUUUCGAAUUCCUAAACAGUCAAGGUCGUAUGAAAUACACGCGUCCAAUAUAUCGUGAAUUGGGUAAAUGGCCAGAGGCUAGAGAGUGCGCAGUAUCGAAUUUCUACAGGCAACGUCCAUUCAUGCAUCAAACAACGGCAAUGGUUGUCGAAGUGGAUCUAAGUCUUCAGCAAAGUGAAUCAGUCUUAUCGACCUCCUAACCUGCAGUAAAUCUCUAGAUAACAUUAUUGCCUUUGUUGUAUCUCAAUAUUGUUAUUGCUGGUGUAAAUUUGAAAAUAUAUUGUUUCAAUGUUCUGAUUAUG